ACAGUUACAAAUAAUCAACAUGAAAGCCUUCAUUUGCUUAAUCGUGGCUCUGGCUCUGGCCGCACCAGCCCUCGGGGAGGUCUUGAACCGUUGCUCUAUGGCUCGUGCGAUGUCACGCUUGGGUGUUCCCAGGGAUCAAUUGGCUCGUUGGGCUUGUAUUGCUGAACACGAGAGCUCCUACCGCACUGACGUCGUCGGUCCAACCAACUACAAUGGCUCCAACGAUUACGGUCUCUUCCAAAUCAACGACUACUACUGGUGCCAACCUGCCAGCGGUCGCUUCUCCUACAAUCAGUGUCACAUCGACUGCAAUGGAUUGUUAACCGACAACAUCGAACCCAUAGUACGUUGCGCCCAAGAGGUCCUGCGCAUGCAAGGUUGGUCUGCCUGGUCCACAUGGCAUUUCUGCGAUGGCGCUUUGCCAAGCAUUGAUGACUGCUUCUAAGUAGACUGUCAAUUUGGCUAAUAUUUGACAAGGAUUGGAAUAAAUGAUCACUGCAAAGUAAUGA